UAAAAUAAAAAAUGAUGAAUAUCCAGACCAUAGAACAUGUGGCAGAUUGUGUACCACUGUACUUGCCGCACAGCCUUUAUCUCAAGCCUUUGGCCAAGUUGAAUAUAUCGGUGGCCUUGCCCAUCAACAAAAUGGGCAAAUCCAUAUCAAAUCUUGACAUUAUGGAAAAACUAAGUCAAGCCCUAAAACCGGAUAAAUUCCUAGUACUCAAGGUCUCAAAGACAACGGUGGAUUUUAUACGUUUCGAAGCCGAACUGGAUGAUAGAUCACGUCUCCGAUCUUGUAUAAAUCGUCUCGAUGGGGUAUCCUUGAAAAUUUCCGGUUUUCAUGAAAGUUUUCGGGUACGAGUCUCCGAAGCAAAAGAUGAUUUUCCAACCCGUCACGAUUGGGAUUCAUUUUUUCGUGAUGCCCAUAAAAUGGAUGAAAUGAAGGCGGGUGAACGGCCAGAUACCAUACACUUGACACAUUUACCCAUCAAAUGGUUCUGUCCGCGUCACAUGGAAAACGAAGAAAAUGUCAAACCAUCGGAGGGUAUUUUUAAACGAAUUUUCGAGAAAUUUGGCAGUGUCCGUUGUGUGGAUAUACCCAUCUGUGAUCCAUAUCGCAAGAAAAUGAAUGCUGAUAUCAAUGGAAUGAAAACAUUCGGAUUCGAUCAGGAGGUCCUUUUUGAAGCUUAUGUCCAAUUCGACGAAUAUGUUGGCUUCGUUCGAGCCAUGGAUGAAUUUCGUGGUAUGAAGUUGGUGCGCAAAUAUAUCGACAAAACCCAAGCGAUUAACAUCGGCGUGACCUUUGAUACCACAAAACAUUUAAGUGAUGCCCAAAUACAACGUCGAGAAAGGGUACGAAAACAUAUCAUUGCCAAAGCUAAGGCCGAGGAGGAGGAAGUUGAACGGCGCAAAAAAUUGGAGCAACAAAAACUGGAAGAACAAAGGAAAAAAGAAGAAGAAGAAAAGCUAGCCGAACUGGAACGACAACGUGAACGUGAAGAAAAACGCAAAGAGAAACAUCUGAAGAAGAUCCAAGAGAAAGGUUCCAUUGAAAUCUCACAAAAGAUACGCGUCGAAGAACGGAAACUGAUGAUUGCGCAAAGGAAAUUAGAAAGUAUACGGAUAUUGGAACAGGUCUUUAGUCGGAUAAAGCUCAAACACUUGGCGAAAUAUGGUUCCACCUCAUCAUCAAAAUAUCAAGCUGAAAUGGCUCGCGAUACAGUUCGCGAACGUUUAGUGGAGAAAUAUAAAAGUGCCACAGAAAAGUUGCUCAGUGAUCAGCAAAAACUUGUUGAAGAUAUAAAGAAUCAAACCCCCUUAAUUGGCUUGCUGAAGACGAAAAAGGAUAAAGAAACAACUAGCGUGGCGGCAGCAGCUAAAGUAACCACCACACCAGAAGUUCCUGCCAUUCCAAAUCCAGCUGCGGCGGCGGCAGCUGCUGUAGCGGCAAAUGCUGCUGCUAAUCCUUUCAAAACUAUUGCUGCCUUGGGUGCCAACUAUAAUACUGAGGCAGCUGCGGAAUGGAUGAAAUCUUUGACAAUGUUUCCAUAUGGAAAUAUACCCGGUCUCUUUCCUGGCCUGCCUUCAAUGUAUCGACCACCAACGUUUCCGGUUCCAAUGAAUUAUCGCGGAUUUGCACCACGAAUACGUGGUCGUGGCAGGGGACGAGGACGCGGUCGUGGUGGUUAUGAGGGCCAAUCAUCGUCCUACAGUAAAUAUCAUUAUAAUCAUGACGAUCGUGAUCGUCGUUAUGACGAUGAGGAGGAUGAUGAGGAUGGUGGCAGAGGGAAUUAUCACAAGUCCUCUUAUUCGAGGGGAAGACGCUAUUCGCGCUCACGAUCUCGUAGCCGCUCAAGAGAUCGACGCACCCGUUCCAGAUCUCGCUCAAGAUCCCGAUCACGUUCGAGAUCUCGCUCACGCUCCCGGUCGCGAGAUCGUCGGUCUCGCUCAAGAACUCGAUCCCGCACCCAUUCUCGUUCACGCCAUCGUCACUAUUCGAAACGGUCGCGUUCUCGAUCACGUUCCAGAUCUUAUUCUCGUUCCGAGAGUAGAUCUCGCUCACGGUCACGAGUACGUUCACGUGAAGACAAAAAUCGUAGUAAAUCAUCACGCUCUAAAUCGCCAACACAAUUGAGGCCUCCAGAGAAAGUUAAUCGCAAACUGGUUUCAACACGUCGAUCACGUUCUACCUCACAUGAGUCGAGAUCACGUUCUCGUUCCCAUUCGAGGACACAUUCAAAACGUUCAUGGUCUCGUCGUGAUGAUGGUAGUCGUGAUCGUCGAUCAUCGGCAUCGAGGAGCAGUAAAGUUGUCAUUGAAACCGAUGAAUUGGUCAAAUCGGCGGAGAUAAUUAAAACAACGAUAGAAAAGGAUAUGCAGGAAAGGAUGCGUCAUGAGAAACGUGAAAUACGUGAGACGUUUACCAAACGUCAUAAGGACGUUUUAGCACACAAUGCCUCCUUGGCAGCGACAAACAAUUUGCCACCAACAACAACUGCAAGUAGCGGCGGUGGUGGCAGCAGUAGUGCUGGCAUAGACAGUGGUCAUGCCACCUCUGAACAUUCAGCCAAUGAAUCUUCAGCUCCCGAUAAAAAUUCAUCACGUGAUGAGGAACAUGACGCAAGAGAUGAUGAUGAUGGCGAAGAACACGCACCCAGAUCACGACGCGAAAAAUACUAUUCCGAAUCGUCUAGACGUAAUUCAUACAAUGAGGAACAUUCAUCACGUCAUAGAUCACGUCACAAUUCUCUAACGACAGACCAAAGUCACUCGACAAAACAUCACUCUUCGUCGGAACACACGUCUAGACGUCGGACACCUGAACGCCGUGAGUCCAAACGUAGAUCUUCGGAACGUAGUUCAACACGGCAUAAAUCACCAGUGACCGCACCAACUUCGGAUUCACACAAAAGUCGUCAUAAAUUAUCAGAGCGAAGUUCAAGAUUACCCUCACUAGAUCGUAGUCCUAGUUGUUAA